GUUCAAAAAAUCCGUGACCCGGAAGUACUUCGUUAUUCUUARCUGUUUUACAGCGGCCGAUUUGUUUUGGUUCAUGUUGUAGCUAGGCAGGAACAGAAUGCAAGAUCGUAGAGCCAAGGUCCACCUUAUAACUCAGUGUGGGUCCACAACAGCAAUUGGUCUUAGGGGAAAUGUUUCUGACUCGCUGCCAAAUAUACUGCUAAAAAAACUCCUCUGUGUUUCAUCGCCAUCCCUUUGACCAGCCCCCGCGAUUCGCUCCUACCGAGUCCAAAAGCGAACGUUAGCUACUAAGCUAACCAAACUGGCAGUUUCACCCAUGUCCUAUGAGGAAUGGUUGAGUUCAACGAUCACGGAUUGGCUUUUCUUCAAUUCCUGGUGGCUCCUUUUMCCUUUUAUCAUGCUUCUAGUCGUUGCUGCAUUCAUCGUUGCCUUCGUGUUGUUGUUGUAUAUGAUAUCCCCUUUGAUUAGCCCAAAACCUCUCAAAUUAAAUGGGGCACACGUCGUGGUCACUGGAGGRUCCAGUGGAAUAGGGAAAAGCAUUGCUAUGGAGUGCUACAGACAAGGAGCCUUCAUCACACUAGUGGCAAGAGACGAGAGUAAAUUGGUUCAAGCGAAAAAAGAAGUAGAGAAAUGUGCAAUUAAUGACAAGCAGGUUGUGCUCUGCAUAUCAGUUGACGUGUCCAAGGACUACGGACAGGUGGAAAGUGUGAUUAAGCAGUGUCAAGAGAAGCUUGGUCCGGUGGACAUGCUGGUGAACUGUGCUGGGACGUCCUUCUCUGGGAAGUUUGAGGAGGUGGAGGUGGAGCGCUUCAGAAGUCUGAUGGAGGUGAACUACCUGGGCAGUGUGUAUCCCACACGGGCUGUAAUCACCACUAUGAAGGAGAGGAGGAUGGGACGCAUCAUGUUUGUCUCCUCCCAGGCCGGCCAGAUCGGCCUGUUCGGCUACACUGCCUACUCCCCGUCCAAGUUUGCCCUUCGUGGUCUGGCUGAGUCCCUGCAGAUGGAAAUGAAGCCAUAUAAUAUCUAUGUGACAAUUGCCUACCCCCCUGACACUGACACACCAGGACUAGCAGAGGAGAAUAGGACGAAGCCUUUAGAGACCAGGCUGAUCUCCGAGACGUCUGGGGUGACUCAGCCGGAACAGGUUGCUAAAAUUGUGGUCAAGGAUGCUGUGCAGGGGAACUUCAACAGCUCUGUGGGGCCUGACGGAUACAUGCUCUCGGCUCUCACCUGUGGAAUGUCACCUGUCACCUCCAUCACAGAGGGCCUCCAGCAGGUAACAACAGUACAGGAAUGUACACGGCCCCAUUACAACACACCCAGGAUAUUACUCUGGGGUCUUUUGAUUGUGACCAUGGGGCUGUUCCGGACCGUUGCUCUGUUCUACCUGGGGAGUUUCGACAGCAUUGUGCGUCGCUGUAUGAUCCAGAGGGAGCAGGCCAAAGCAGCGGACAAGAGGGAGUAACACACCCACCCCAACCUCCUCCCUCAUAAACCCCCUCCCCCGCCUCUCCAUCCUCCCCGAGUCAUAGCCACUGAAGAACCCAACCGAGCCACCACUCCUCUCCCCUCCCCUUCUCCCCUAGAGGGCACAACCCUGGGUAGGCUAAAUGGCCAGUCAUCUCAUCCAACAGUGAUAAUAUCUAAGUAAAGAAGAUGGCGGAUGUCUUUUCCACUUGACCAAUGAUGUAACACAUACCAUUCUUGGCAGCCAUUUUGUCAUUAUUCCAUUGAUAUUUACUUUUUUUCUUUCCAUGCAGAGAGGUAAGUAAGGGAUAGCCAGUCUGACAGAUUAUGUCAGCAUGUUGACCUGCAAUUCCUUUACCAAGAGUCUGACAAAAUACCAACGCAAACAAUACUGUAUGUCAUGCAGACCAUUCAGACCAUUCUGAGUAAGCUAGCUUCAUCACCUUAAACUCUAUCUUCACCAAAUGCGUUCUGUUCCGCCUUCCAAAGCUUUUUUAUUUUGCAGGCAGGGCUUCUUUCCUCUAUAUUCACUCUGUUUUAACCUGUGCCCCUCCAUGUGCUGUCUAUGUAGUGUGGUGUUUUGGCCCAUGCUGUGGAUGCAUUAACUAAACUUCGAGGUGAUUUUAGUCAUUUUGGGCUCCCGAGUGGCGCAGCGGUCUAAGGCACUGCAUCUCUGUGCAAGAGGCGACACUACAGUCCCUGGUUC